AUGGCCGAGACUUCGUAAGUUUUUUUAAUGGAACAAAUUAGCGGACUCCCGCAAAUUUUUCUGUCGUUCCCAGCUUUAAUUCCAGCUCGUUGUAGCUGGAAUUGAAGGGAAAACCACCAGAAAAAAAAUUUUCGAAAAAGUUAAACUUGGCCCCCGUGUGGAUUUUUGGAAAAAACCGAUUUUUUCGACCCCCUCCCCCAGACUAAAAACCGUUGCAGAUUAAGUCGACCGACACGCUCCGGGCGUCCUAUGACCUGGUCACUGCAUGUAAUUUUAUUUUAAACAUGCUAAUUUUAAUACAGUUGAUUAUAUUUUAAAAACUAGGCUCGGGCCUGCGGCCCUCGAAACCUAAAUUUUGAUAAUAGAAUUGGCUUUUAUAUUCAAAUAGUUUUAUCAUUUCACAUGACAGUAAUAAAUAACCUCGGGCCUCCGGCCCUCACGUUCUAAAGCAGUUUUUGCAAAUCCCAUACCAUCCCCAUGCUAUACCCAUGCCACACCCAUGCCGUACCCGUACCCAUACCCAUGUCUAACCCUUGCCAUACCCGUGCCCACGCCAUACCCAUGCUAUCCAUCCCCAUGCCAUACCCAUGUCAUACCCAUGUCAAACCCUUGCCAUACCCAUGCCAAACCCUUGCCCAUACCCAUGCCUAACCUUUGCCAUGCCCACGCCAAACCCAUGCCAAAGCCUUGCCCAUACCCAUGCCUAACCUUUGCCAUACCCGUACCCAUGCCAAACCCUUGCCAUAUCCAUGUCGUAUUCGUACCCAUGCCAUACCCAUUUCAAACCCAUGCCAAACUCUUGCCCAUACCCAUGUCACACCCAUGCCAUAUCCGUUCCCAUACUUUCAAUUCAAAAUAUAUAGUACCGUACUCUAAUAAAAAAGUGAAAACAAAAAUUUUAUUUAUUUUGACAAAAAGAAUUUCGAAAAUAAAGCUUGCUUAUGAAUUGGUGUGAAAAUUACAAAAAAUAAAAAUAACAGAGCGGUCGUUUUUUAAAAUAGUUUACAAAAUAAAAUGCAUUUCGAUGUAAUGAUACCUUUACUUAAUUUUUUAGAAUUGACAAUUUGAAACAACAAGAGUGCAAAAAGCUUACGAACUUGAUCGACGUUGGCAAGACCUACGUUCGAGCUUUCAACACCAACGUUCCAGAGAAUUGGAUGAAUGAGUGCCGAAACAACCUGGAGAGCGCUAUAGAGGAGUUAAUCUUGGUGCGCUACGAACUCAUAAAAAAAAAAGAUUGCUAGACUGAUUCCAGAGGAGCCCGUCCCAGCCAAUUUAAAGGUAAGUUGCGCUUUUUUGUUUAUUGUUUUGCUUAAUUUUAUUAGAAAAAGCGUCGUAAAAAACUAAAAACUUACAAUAAAGUAGAAAUCUUAUUUUUUCUCUUUACAGUAAAUUACGUUUAGUGCAGGUGAAUUUUUUUAGGAGAGGGAUACGUUGCCCGGAAUUCGCCGUCGCUCACGAAGCAAGGACCCAAAGUGA